CUUAGCAAUAAGAAGACAGGCUCGGUUCUAACAACUAUAAGCCAUGGCUAUGACUUGUCUUUACAUGACAGCUCCUGCAGUUGCUGCUGCAAUUGGGCUUUAUUUCUUUGACAGAUACCGUUACGGCAACAAGGUAUAUGAACUUGGAGGUGGAAUACAGCCAUCUAUGGAAAAUUUGGUGGCUAAAGUGAAGGAAGAGGGCUUCAAGAGCACUCAGAUGCCAAAAUUAGCACCAAAGUUUGACGGGUUGCACUGUUUUGAAACCCUGGUGGGUCAUUAGUACCGGCUUCUGUGUGCCUGGUUAGCUUGAACCUCCCAUGCGAUGGAAGGAUAUUAAAGGCUGGUGACAGCAGAAAGACCUUAUUCCAUGAACCAAAAAAAAAUCUCUACAAAAGAUUGGAGUCUUUAUUUUGUUAACUUACUAUUUACUAUUGCUAUCACAUUUUUUUUUUCUCAAACAUGUAUCAUUAUGC